GGCCUCGAUGUCGUGAUCUUCAGCGUCUUGAAGCGCUAUUGGACCGAGGAACGGGACAACUUCGAGCGCCGCACAGGCCAGAAGGUGUCGAAGUCAAAUUUUCUGUCGGUGUACGCAGGAGCCCAUACACGUACACUGACAUCUGAAAACAUCAUGUCAGCCUUCCGCAAGACGGGUAUUGUGCCUGUAGAUCGAAACAUCAUCACGGAAGCCAGUAUGGCGCCGAGUCUGGAG